AUCUGUCGCUCGGCAGUUGCCCGCGAGACCUGUGCGCGCGCGGAACUAUGUUGGAUCUCAACGAGAGGAUGGCCGAGUUGAAGUUCGAAGCACCCCUGGCCCAAUUCGAGGAAACGGAGGACUGGGGCGCGGAUUUCCGGUUCAAGUCGGCCAACCUGGACAACUUCAAGCAGAAGCAGGACGAAGUGAAGAACAUCAACAACCUCAAGAACACGAGCUUGCAGUCCCCGAAACGCGUGUGUGAUAACGAUAACGAGAACGAUAACGCGGUGCAGUGCGAGUUGGAUAACGUCAAGGGUGAUACCACCCUCCCCGAGGCCUCCGUGUCCUCGGUGGCGGAUAAUUUCACGGAGACCUUCUCGGGGUCGCUCGAGGAUUUAGUCAAUACGUUCGAUGAGAAAAUUACCAAGUGUUUUUGCAACUAUGACGAGUCCGUCGAGAAGUUGGCGCCGGUGCAGGUCCGCACGCAGGAAGAAAUCAUGAGCGAAUGCCAAAUGUGGUGGACAAUCACGGGGAAUUUUGGCAAUAUACUACCCAUAGAUUGGUCAAAAUCUUACACUAGGAAGUUGCAAUUAUCAGCUCUCAAUGUGAAUGAGAGUGAGGUAAGAGAGGACAAAUUCAUCCCGGAUGAUCUGAGCAGCGAGGAUGAGGCAGUGGCGAGCGAUCUGGACAUGCACUCGCUUAUCUUAUCCGGUCUCACGCAGGAUACAGAGCCCCCGGUCAAAACGGCUGAGGAAGUCAUUCGAGAGAUCGACGACAUCAUGGAGGAGUCUCCAGAAUGCACCCCAGACUCAGAGCUGUGUCCUGACGACCUUCACCAAAAAGGAAAAGAAGUGCUCCAGUCACCCCUGUAUCAAGAAAAGUUAAAGACGCUGAGUGUGUCACAACUGAAUGAAGUAUACCUUGAACUAGAACUCCUAAUCCGAGAUUUUUCGGAAACUUUAAUAGCAGAAUUGGCACUAAGGGAUGAAUUGGAAUAUGAGAAGGAGCUGAAAAAUUCCUUCAUUUCUUUACUAUUGGCUGUUCAAAACAGACGCAGGCAAUACCACGUUGAUAAGAAAAAAGGCAAAAAUGGCAUUAGAGCCGCAGGCACAGAACCCAAGUACCUAACGACAGUGAUUCCAUACCACCUGGACAGUGGCCCUCUAGAUAAUCAGGCCCUGCAAGUCUUAAUAAAAAUUUUGAAAGCCAUUAAUGAAGAUAGUCCAACAGUACCCACUCUUCUAACUGAUUACAUAUUGAAAGUAUUGUGUCCCACUUAAAAAGGCCUCCUCUGAGGAAACGUCACCCAGAUUUUGAAGCUCAGCCAUUCAAUCUAGCGGAUGCUUGUGAUAGUUUUUUAUUGUUAAGGCAUGCUUCGUUUUCCUGACUCAGAAGCGUGUCAUGACCCAAGGCUGGUCGAGUGCAUUCAGUUCAUUUGCAAACAUUCUUGUUCCUUCUCUCUUUUUUAUGUUAUUUUAAAUGUUAGCCUCUCUUUUCAGCUGUUAUUUUUUUGUUGAAUGUUUUAGCUUUGAGUGCAUUUUUACUUUUAAUCCUCUGCCGCGCCCAGAAAUCUGCUAUUGAAAGGCAACACAAUCCUAUUUCUUAACCAACUUAAUUUAGAUGCAACCCAGCAUUCAAAACUUAUCUAUUAAACACUGAUAAGCAGAAGAGAAAUUAUUUUUUCCUUGGUAAUUCUACUAUGUAGAUGAAAGAAACAAAAAUUGAAGUACAGAAUAAAUACAUGAAUGAAGUUAGAAAUUAUCAGUCUAUGAGAAUAUUUAUAAUCAUGUUGGGUGUUCCCCAAAAAUGACACAUACUGAAUUUCUUUUUAGUAAUCGCGAUUAUCUUAGUCCAUCAAACAAAACCACUCCCCAAGUAUUGAAUCAACUCACGACCGGGAAACUUAGAUCAUAUGGUUACCAAUACUUGAAACUACGAUGAAUUUACCUACAGAUUUAAGUUGAUAAUUUUGUAGCUCAAAUCUGUCAUGAUUUUUCAACAAGGAUUCUUUUUGGCAGAGCAGUAGGUAUGAAAUGAUGAUUUUAUGUUUUGUUACAGACAAACUUGUACAUUAAUUUGCUUUUACUUUAUCCAAAAAUUCAUGUUUCAAAGAUGUUGAUUCUGUGCUAAUCCUAAAAUGUUAUUGUGCAGUGUUAGAGUCAGUUGCAAUGAUCUCACAAUAUCAGUUUCACUUUUAAAAAUAUUCAAUUAAGACUGCAAUUACAUUCUUGGAAUGUCGGAUUUUCUGAUCUAUUUAAUUUAAGACGGAUCAAAACAUCGUGUGUGGGCUAGAACACUUUCAAAGUUCACUCAUUUUAAAGUCCCAAACUUAUGUGGAAAUUAAAAUGGAGAAGUAGGUUCAUGAACCUGGAUCCUUAUAAGAAAUAUGACUGAGAUCAGGAGAGGUUUACUCUAUGGUUUCUCUCUCGUAAAAAUUAUGAGAAAAAAUCCAAAAUUAAGUAGGUUUUGUUUCAUUACAGCAGAAAGUGGCUGGCUUCAAUGAUUCUUGUCUUUCUUGCGCUAGCUAAAUACCUUGGUUCACAAUGGCGUUGCUUCAAUUUGUUUGUUAAGCUUUUGUGAUUUGUCAUGUCAGGCAAUUUAUUCCUACUGUCCUAUUGGAAGAUAGCCCGUUUUCAGUCAGUAUUUUCUUCUCCUUUAAAAGAGAUUGUGCCCUUUUCAAGAGUGUAAUUACACUAGAAGUUACUGUAAAUGGCGAUUGUUUUCUGCUCUGGAAAGGAGUGGUAGAGAGAUAUGAGAAACAGUCCACACCAAGCUCUGUUCACAAACAACUGAAAUAAAUAUUUGCCCCUGUCACUUGUCUUUGUGUGUUGAUGUGACAAUUUGUAUUUUGCAUGGUGGUCUUUACAUCUGCUAUUCCAGGAUUGUUCAUUCUAUUAGCACAAUUACCCGAACUUAGGCCAAAAUGGUCGGAGUCAAUUCCUCCUGCGUAGAAAAAGUGUCGCAAUAAGUUUCUAGCUUCAAAUAUUUUGAUUAAUUGCUCAGUGAUUAUGUACAGCCAUAAUGAUUGUGCCGCGUGUCACUUUUAAAAGACUGUUGAAGGUUCAAGCGAGUUUGCAAGAAUCAGCCAUUUACAGCAACUACAGAAAUGCUUAAGUCAUGUAAGAUGCCAUUAUUGUUAUCAAAAGAAUGCGAGUGAAUGUUCAGUAUGAAAGCAAAAUGUAAAUAGCUUCUUUGUGUGAGCGAGUGUAUGAUGUGAUGAUUGUACAAGAAGAUCUUAAUUAGAGAAUAUUCUAGUCUUACAAUGUAAGUAUGAUGUACGAUUAAUUUAUUUUUGUAAAUAUUCAUCAAAUUGCUGGGGUUUUAAUUCCUUCUGAAUAAAUUGUUACCAGCUCAUGAAA